AUGACCAGAACUAACAAAUGGACCGUCCACGAGAGAAAGAGCCAACCAAAGUGGUUCACUCACCAUGGCCCCAUCAACUCCGACCCCACCAAGGUCAAGAAAGGCGGUGCCGGCAAGAACAACUGGGGAACUCCAGGAGACGAAUUGGAUAGUGAUGACUACAACUUCUUUGGGGCUUCCAAGAGAAGAAACUCCAACCACAUGGAGAAUGAGGAACACUAA